AGUAAGAUGUCACACAUAGUUAUUUAAGCAGAGUAAAUUACACACAAUCAAUUUGUACACAGUAUUUUUUUUAUUUCUCUCCCUUUUUUUUCUUGUUUCUUUUUUUUUCUCAUCAUCCAAUAUGAAGCCAUCCUUCAUCACAACAGAACCUACAGAUAUGAAAGAGACUAGUACUGAAAGCUUCAUGGACUUGCUCUCUGCUGCCUUUCAGUCACAAAGUCUGGGUGAAACGAAUAAAGAACAAAGACCUAAACGCACCAGCAGACAGUUAUCUUCUCCUGCACUCCGCAAACGCUCUUCAGGAAGCUAUCGUACCUCACAGCAGCAGCAUCAACAACAGCAACAACAGCAACAAGAUUUCCCAACUGAACGAAGAAGAGACUCGAACGGUGUCAACUAUACAAACUGCGUCUCUCUUUUAAAUGAAUACCAACAUUCAAAAGAAGACAAAAAGGAUGAUGAAAAACCCACAUUUACCUUGAGAAGAGGAGAAGAACCAACGCAGCCAAUUUCACCUAAAAACAACAGCACAACAACAAAUCGCGGUAGAAUAGCAAAACGACUUUCAGCCACACUUAAUACCAUCAGUCCCAUUCACAGCAAUCCACACAUGUCUUCGUCUAAUAAUUCAUCUUUUCUCAAAUCUAUCAAAGACACUAAAUAUAUUGGACCUAAUGCACUGGCCCAAUUGCUUACAGAUGCACAAACCCCGCUUGGUAUAGAACCUUUAAUGAUUGAUAUGCGUCCCUUGGAACAAUACCAAAAAUCACAUAUUCGACACUCGAUUCAUGUCAAUGUGCCUACAUUGUUGAUCAAACGAUACCGUCGGGGCGUUGUUUCCAACUUUAAUCUCGAGAGUUUCAUCACGACACCCGAAGGCACUGAUUUAUUUCGACAUUGGCUAAAGCAAUUUAAUGCUCAAGACAUUCAAGAAUUACCUGAACGAGCUCAUUUCGUGGUGUACGAUGAACAAAUGACAGAGUCCGACAUGACAACAGCCACUUGGAUCCUUGUAGGUGCUAUCAAGAAGAACACACUGGCUUGUGUUCAGUACCUGCAGCAUGGCUAUCGUGGAUUUGAACAGUUUGACCUGACACAUAAAUACCUAGAAGGCUCACAAUUUGCUCGGUUAGAUACACCUCCUCUACCCAUACCUUCUUCAUCACAAUCAUCCGAACUAACAAAAAAAUUCAAGCAUCCGUUAUUCAAUCCACCCAAUAAACUCAAGAUGCCUACACCUAUGAUUUCCCGUAGUGCUUCUACACUCUCAGCCAAAGCAAAUAACCUGACUGUCAAUGUACAGAGAAGAGCGAGUUUGUUUACACUCGAUACAAAUAUGCGACCUUCCAAAAGCCGAUCUUUAACAAGUAUUCCAAGUCAAUCACAAUCCACCCAACGUCAUAAAAAUGAAUUAGAAAGCAUUCAUGAAAAAAACAAUCAUACCCCUACUACACAAAUCUUUUCGCCCGAGGAAGUUUACCAUACACCACUCGAGACCACACCGCCUUCAGAUGAUGAGAUCAUGGUUACUGCUCAAGGAGAACAAACACCCAAGACUGAAAACGAAUAUGAUUUUGUGAUUUCUGAAAUUAUUCCUAAUUUCUUGUAUCUUGGGCCUGAGAUAGCGACUGUAGAUCAAGUCUCGGGUUUAAAGGCAAGAUCCAUUCGGCGUAUUUUGAACAUGGCAGAAGAGUGCGAUGAUGAUGUGCCUGGUUUAAAGCAAGAUUUUCAAUAUCAAAAGAUUGCUGCUCGAGAUACAGUUGAAAUGCAGAACGUAGAAGAUACACUUCGAAAAGCAGUGAAUGUGAUAGAUGAUUCGAAGAAAAAUCAUGAACCAAUCUACGUUCAUUGUAAGGCAGGUAAAUCACGCUCGGCAGCUGCUAUUUUAGCCUAUCUUGUCCUGAUUGAGCAUUGGACACUCAAGAAAGCAUACAGGCAUAUUGUGAAAAUGAGACCGAAUAUUUCACCCAACAUUGGAUUUGUGGUUGAACUGAUGAAGUUAGAAGAAGGCGUGCAUGGUGGUAUGAGUAAUUUUGCAGGCACAGAUUGGCGCCUGAUUGACUUGACCAACCCACCUAGUCCUGAUACACAAAGAGAAAUGGGAAGAUUAGAAAGGGCUUGGAAAAGAGGUCGAUCGACUAGUAAUGCUAGCCGUCAUUUAUCCAAUAGUCUUCUUAGUCAUGAAGAACAGAGUGGCACUAACUCGAAAUAA